AUUAGGUAUUAAUUAUUUCUGUGCAUUCUCGUUUUAGGACUGAAAACAUCCUACAUGUAAUGUAGGCUUCUCCUUGUUUCGCUUAAUAGAGAGUUUCUUCAAUUGAAUUGUAAGCACCAAUUGACAGAGAGAGGAGUCCAGGAUGAAUGAAUUCUAGCAGACAUGAAACGUAAAUGCGGUUGAUGUUCGGAUAAGGAGCUCAUGACAUUUAAUCAAACAGCUGCAAUCACUUUCACUUCAGAGCUUGGUGGUCACUUGAAUUAGCCCCUUUGUUUGAGAGAGUUCAUACCACUAGAUUGAGGCCUCCUAUGAUGGUUGAUCUAAAUGCACGAUUAGCUGAAGGGUUUAGCUGUGAGGGGAUAUGGAUCCGACCCGCAUGAGCUCCGGAUCCGGUAGUAUCUGAAACGUGACCAAACUAUGGGCAACACAGGAUGCUCGGUGGGCCCGGCAAGUCGAGGGAGGGAGCGAUGGGAUCUCACGACCUGGUCGUGAGGCGGUGGCCGGCGAUUGGGGUGUUGGUCUUGACGUUGUCCUGGUGUUCGAUCCCGACGGCGCGCGGGGAAGCGGCGGAUGGAGAAGGUGGGGAUGGUAGCGCCGCCGAAGGAGGAGUGAGGGGAUGCCGACUUCUGCUAAGCGUCCAAGAAGCCAAGGGGAACGCCUCCUUCCGUUGCUCUCCCUCUGGCCUCUGCCUCCCCUGCCAGUACUCCGAGAAGAAUGAUGACAAAUAUCGCUGCAGUGAAACUGCCUAUCGGGUGCCUUUGAAAUGUGUACAAAUAAAAGAUGGAACAGAGGAGGCAAGUAGGCUCAGAACCCGAAGAAGCCUCUUAUACCUUCAAGAACAUGCAUCAGGAGUGCAAAAAAGACUGCUUAUUACGAUAAGUAACUACAAAUGGAGAAAACUGUUGGCCGAAUCAUCAAAAUUGGAGAACGAGGAAGAAAACUAUAUUACUUAUAGGAGCUGUGUGCCAGUUGAUAGCAAUGAGAAGUUGUCUGUCCUUGGUUUUGAGGUGAUCAUGUUGGUGUUGUUGCUUAUAAGUGGGUCAGUUGUGUACUUGCGGCAAAAGCGUACUGCAUUCAUGUCAGGAGUUGCGCGGAUGAGGGUAUCCACAAGCUCCCCUAGGUUCUGAUACACCGACUAGAACAAGGAAUGAACAACAGUAUAUUCGUCCGAACAAGAGUAUGUUGUGACUUGAUUGGACCCUUUUGACAUUCCUUUUUGCACCCUUUUGAUUCAUCGGCGCUCAGGCCACUGUAUUUAUAUAUUAAGUUCACUAGCAAGCAAAGAGGCUUUCUUCGAUGCUUGCUGGUCACAUACAAUUUUCAGUUUGUAUUUCUCAAGAAACCUUUUUCGGUUGAGUUGUAGUUUUCUUUUUUAAAUGUCCAUAUAAUCAUUAUAUUUUUGUUA